AUACACGAAUCUCUCGAUUGACGAUACCUUUUUAUUUAUAUUCAACUUCCAAACAAAUGCAACACGUCACUAUCGCCGGCAAAAUUGAGAGCAGCAUAAGUCUAAUUUACCAAAAGCAUUUAUAAACAUUAAAUUGUAUUAAAAUAAUGUCGAAACGUUCGAAGAUUAAGGAUGAAGAAAAAAUUAACGUCAGGGAAAGAUUAGUUGAUAAUGUUUUAGAUUUGAGCUUGAUGAACAUCACGACGGUCCCAGUGAACGAGAUUAAACCUCUCAAACGUGCCACGAUAUUAGAUCUAUCUAACAAUAAUAUCACUGCGAUAAAUUCUGAUUUUACAUCACUGGUACAGUUGACUAAGCUGGAUCUUAGUAAAAAUAAAAUCAAAAUAAUUUCGGAUGACUUCGGUAACCUUACAAAUUUGAGACAUCUAGAUCUUUAUAACAAUCAAAUCGAGCGUCUACCAUUGAGUUUUGGAAGAUUGAAGAAACUGAAAUAUCUGGAUUUGAAAAAUAAUCCUCUCAAUCCAGCAUUUUCAAAAAUCAUAGGAACAUGCACCGAUCAAAAAGAUUGCAUAGAGGCUGCACGGAAGGCUGUUUCAUUUAUGGCAGACAUUGAACGUCAGCUCUUAGAAGACCGAAUCAAGCAGAAGGAACUAGCAUUAGCGCAAGAACAGGAACAGCAACAAUCCGAUGCAAAGAAGAGCACUAAUCAAGAGAAAACAAGUGUUCUUAAAAAGAGAAAACCUAAACAAAAAGCAACUAAAUUAGAUAAUGCAGAGUUAACAGAAACAGCUGUUGAAAAAAUCGAAACUCAACCCACAAAUGAGGAACCUCAUCAGUCUCUCGAAACUGUGCCAUCGAAAGAUUCGAAACAAAACAGUUCUUCAAAAACAGUCAUAUUACUGCUUGGUGCUGUAUUCGUCAUCGUUGUUAUCGUGUUUUUCUUCAUGCCAGACGUUUUUCUGGACGUUUUCAAUAAAACCAACGAUGAGAUUUUGGAAGAAUAUAUUAAAUAGUGUACGUUAUACAGUAAACGAAGAAAGAAAAUAAAAAUUAGAA